ACCAUUUUCCCGAUCAGCCUGGCCCUGGCGUCCAGCUGGGACAUGGAAGCCAUCGGCCGCUCCGGGCGCAUCGCCGCCCAGGAAGCCGCCGCCGACAGCCUCGACAUCACCUUUGCGCCGAUGGUCGACAUCUCCCGCGACCCACGCUGGGGCCGCACCUCCGAAGGGUUCGGUGAGGACACCUACCUGGUCUCGCGUAUCGCCGAAGUGAUGGUCAAGGCCUUCCAGGGCGUAAGCCCCGCGAAUGCCGACAGCAUCAUGGCCAGCGUCAAGCACUUCGCCCUGUAUGGCGCGGUGGAAGGCGGCCGUGACUACAACGUGGUCGACAUGAGCCCGGUCAAGAUGUACCAGGACUACCUGCCGCCAUACCACGCGGCGAUCAAGGCCGGCUCCGGCGGCGUGAUGGUGGCGCUGAACUCGAUCAACGGCGUGCCCGCCACCGCCAACACCUGGCUGAUGAACGACCUGCUGCGCAAGGACUGGGGCUUCAAGGGCCUGGCCGUGAGCGACCAUGGCGCGAUCUUCGAGCUGAUCAAGCACGGCGUGGCCAAGGACGGGCGUGAAGCCGCCAAGCUGGCGAUCAAGGCCGGCAUCGACAUGAGCAUGAACGAUUCGCUCUACGGCAAGGAGCUGCCGGGGCUGCUCAAGUCCGGUGAUAUCGAGCAGAGCGACAUCGACAACGCCGUGCGCGAAGUGCUGGGCGCCAAGUACGACAUGGGCCUGUUCAAGGACCCGUACCUGCGCAUCGGCAAGGCUGAAGACGACCCGGCCGACACCUACGCCGAAAGCCGCCUGCACCGCGCCGAUGCGCGCGACAUCGCGCGCCGCAGCCUGGUAUUGCUGAAAAACCAGAACAACACCCUGCCGCUGAAAAAAUCCGCCACCAUCGCCCUGGUCGGCCCGCUGGCCAAGGCGCCGAUCGACAUCAUGGGCAGUUGGGCCGCCGCCGGUAAGCCGGAGCAGUCAGUCACCCUGCUCGACGGUUUGAACGCGGUGAUCGGCGAGAAGGGCAAGAUCAUCUAUGCCCGUGGCGCCAACAUCACCAACGACAAGGCCGUGGUCGACUACCUGAACUUCCUCAACUUCGAUGCGCCGGAAGUGGUGGAUGACACCCGCCCUGCCCAAGUGAUGAUCGACGAGGCGGUCAAGGCUGCCAAGGAUGCCGACGUGGUGGUCGCCGCCGUGGGAGAGUCCCGUGGCAUGUCCCACGAAUCUUCCAGCCGCACCGACCUGAACAUCCCGCAGAGCCAGCGUGACCUGAUCAAGGCCUUGAAAGCCACCGGCAAGCCGCUGGUAUUGGUGCUGAUGAAUGGCCGUCCCCUGUCGAUUCUCGAAGAGACCCAACAGGCCGAUGCGAUCCUGGAAACCUGGUUCGCCGGCACCGAAGGCGGCAAUGCCAUCGCCGACGUGCUGUUUGGUGACUACAACCCUUCGGGCAAGCUGCCGAUCACCUUCCCACGUUCGGUGGGGCAGAUUCCGACCUACUACAACCACCUGACCAUCGGCCGGCCGUUCACGCCGGGCAAGCCGGGCAACUACACCUCGCAGUACUUCGAUGACACCACCGGCCCCCUGUUUCCGUUCGGGUAUGGCUUGAGCUACACCACGUUCGGCCUGUCGGACAUGGCGCUGUCGUCCACC